AUGUCUCUGGAAGACUCCAACACUCACUGCCUCACCAUCCACGACUCUCGCACUGGAAAGGAGCACACCGUCCCUAUCCACGACAACUACAUCCUGGCUAAGGACUUGGCCAAGAUCGAGAUCGACGAUGGCAUCCUGAAGAAGAAGCUCACCAUCCUCGACCGAGGAUUCGAGCACACAGCAUGUACGGAGUCCGAGAUUACCCUCAUUGAUGGUCAGCGUGGUGAGAUCCGCUACCGCGGUAUCCCCAUCGAGGACCUCUUCAACAACAAUGACUUCGAGGAGGUUGCUCAUUUGAUGGUUUGGGGCCAUCUUCCCAGCGACACUGAGAAGAUGCAGACCCGAGGUGCCUUGAACGCUGCUAUGGUCGCCCCCCAGGCAGUGAUGGGCACCAUCGCCUCCUUCCCUCGAGACGCCGAAACCUACCCCAUGCUGAUGGCUGGCCUGUCGGCAUUCGUCAACGCCGACCUUGAGUCUCGCCAGACCCGGUACUCGCACAAGCCCGUCUUUCACAACCAGCUGGACGCUUGCGACAAGGCCCUCGUCCGCACCCUUGGUAACUUCGCCUCCACCGUCGCCCUCGUCCACUGCCACAAGCGAAACAUCAAGUUCACCCAACCCGACCCCAGCCGCUCCAUGCUGAGCAACCUCCUCCACAUCAUGGGGAUGUGGUCCCAGCCCAUCGAGGACUGCCUCAACAAGCUCUGGAUCCUCUACUGCGACCACGAGAUGACCAACUCCACCGCCAUCGCCCUCCACGCCGGCUCUGCCCUCGCCGACCCUACCUCCGCCGCCAUCGCCAGUCUAUGCGCUGCCUACGGCCCCCUCCACUGUGGAGCCAUCGAGCUGGCCUACAGUGGCCUCGAGCAGAUCGGCCACACUCGCAACGUCCCCGCCUACAUAGAACUGGUUAAGCAGAAGAAGAUGCGCCUCUUCGGGUACGGCCACCGCAUCUACAAGACCAAGGACCCCCGCAUGACCCUGGUCGAGCGCCUGAUCGCCGACAACAAGGACCUCGUCCAGGACGACCCCAUGCUUCGCAUCGCCUUUGAGAUUGACCGCAUCGCCAACGAGGAGGAGUACUUCACCUCUCGUAACCUCAAGGCCAAUGUCGAUCUCCUCGGAUGCUUCUUAUACACUGCUCUAGGCUUCGACCGUGAUAUCAUUAUCCCCACCAUGGCCCUGUCCCGUCUGCCUGGUGGCAUGGCUCACUGGCGUGAAACUCAGAGCCAGCCCAUUAAGCUGUGGCGCCCCCUGCAGGUUUAUACCGGCCCCAAGUACGAGCACGGAGAGAAGGCCCUUGACGCCGAGACCCUCGUCGACGACUCCUCCGUCAGCUCCCUCGAGCUGAAAGAAAAGGGCUACGUCAAGGGGGGCAAGAAGCGCUUCUCCAUCAAGGACGCCUACAACCGCCUGUAUAUCAAGGCCACUGUCGCGAUGGUCCGGGUAUAG